AUGGUGUCAGGAAGUGCCUUGUCGGAAUGCUGCGAGGAAGCGACUUGCUCCAUCUGCCUGGAGUACUUCAAGGAUCCAGUUACCAUCAACUGCGGGCACAACUUCUGCCAGACUUGACUCACCCAGUAUUGGGCAGAGUCCAGCACAGACUCUUCCUGCCCUCAGUGCAGGGAAACCGUUCAGCAGAGGAACUUCCGGCCAAACUGUCAGCUGGCCAACCUUGUGGAGCUGGUCAAGAAACUUCAGGAAGGGAGGAAGGAAGAUGGCAAGAGGGGAAUGUGUCCGAGGCAUCAGGAGCCCCUGAAACUCUUCUGCAAUAAUGAUCAAGACCCCAUCUGUGUGGUGUGUGACAGAUCCAAGGAACACAGAGAACAUAGUGUGUUCCCCAUGGAAGAGGCUUCUCAAGAGUAUAAGGAUAUCAAAAGCACUUUGAGCAGGUAUGAAAAAGCACUAGGGAGGCAUCUGGUGGAACUGUGUCCAGGGCUGGAGGAGACUCUCAGAAUUUGCGCUCAGAAAAAUUCUGCUCUGGAAAAAGCUAUUGAGAAAUGUGAAGUGAAUGUGACUUUGUACCCAGACACGGCACACCCCAACCUCAUCCUGUCCGAGGAUCUGAAGUGCGUCCAAUGGGGAGACAGGCGCCAGGACCUGCCCGACAACUCCGAGAGAUUCGACAAGGAGAUGUUUGUCCUGGGCCGCAAGAGAUUCACUUCUGGGCGGCAUUGGUGGGAAGUGGAGGUCGGAGGGGAAUGGGCCGAGUGGGCGGUUAGUGUGGCACGAGAGUCUGUCAGGAGGAAGGGGGACAUCACCCUUAACCCUAGCGAGGGGUUCUGGGCUCUGCAGAAGACCAUGGUGGACACUUUUGGGUCAUUCUCCGAUUGGCAGCUCUCAGCUUCGACUUCCCCUAAGCUGACCGUCGUGUACGCCAGAAGCGAACUCAGGAAGAUCCGAGUAUCCCUACACUAUGAAGAGGGCCUCGUGGAGUUUUUUGAUGGCGACACCAACAACUCGAUCUUCGCUUUCCCCUCAGCUUCCUUCUCUGGGGAGAGGAUCUGCCCGUUUUUCCACCUGAAGUAGGGAGGCAAGCUGAAAUGUUGAAUCUCAAGGAUCCAUUUCCGCAACUCUUGAAAAAUGUGGGCGCUUUCUCCUCUAGGCCUAGGCAAGGAGGCGCAGCCUGAUAAAUUUUUAGCACAUCCAGUUCUCAGCCCUGCCGAUUUUAGUCAAGCGAGGCGUGGCAUUAAGGAUGCUAUUGGCCUUUGGCGGUUAUUUACUAAAAAAAUAAGCCAGCAUGUGGACGGCAAAUCCAGACUGGAGCUUCGGCAGGGGCAAAGCAACACACAGCACUUUUUCC